CCACAGCGAUUACCUCCACUGGAACUUGGGUUCCUCCAGGGUUGUGACAGGGCAUACAGAUGCCUGGACGUGGGGGCCGCCGCCGCCGCCCUCGGACAGCCCGACGUCAUGGCCAUUACCACCUCCAUUGAAACCAAUAUGCCAAGCCAUCACCAACAACCAAAAACCAUCACCAACAUGGAAGUUGCAGAUUGA